CCAGGCUGGGUUUCUCAAUUUUCAACGGAACCUCCGUACACAGCGAUCGCGAUAACUGAGUGCAGCUUGUGCAAGCGCAAUGCAACCCCCAAUGGGAGUUGUCCUGAAAACAGGGAGGUAUCAGUUUACUUCUUCCAAAACGGAUGAACCCUGUGAUCACGCGGAGGGAGAGAGCUGGCAGAGUCGUUACAUUCCUCGCUACAGCGUCGCACUUCAAUCAGGUGUCACUUUGGUGAUGGUGGCUGUGGCUGCUUCUACAGUAGGCUCUGAGGCAAACCUCGGGGCGCUGCGUUUCUGUUUCGCUUCACUUCCAGCUCGUAAGAAUGGGCGGGGCGGAGCUGCGCGGUGUUGAGGACUGAUCGGGGUUGUUCCAGUUUCCAGUCGAAACGAGCUCGGAGGACAGAAAGCAGGAAGACGACGACGAGUAUUUGGCAGUUGCGGUUCCUACUCAAGUGGCGGGCUUUGAGUUUCUGCAAGGGGGGCACGCGCACACCUGUUGCCGUCAACACCUCGCGCCUGCGCACUCCUCACUUCAUGCUUGGCUUCUCACUGUGCUGACAUCGCAGGGCUGGCUGGCUGUCUGGACCAACGUGACUGCGCAGGGUUUGAUGCUUCACGGGAUACCACAACUACUGGAUUGUCAAUUGAGUGUCUAAGCUUCACGGGGGACACAUUUACAUGAUUAUUGAGAUUUAUAAAGGUGUCAGAAUCAAUCACUUCAUGAUGCUGGUCUGUAUUUUAUUUUGGAUUUUUGUCCCUUCCUGUUGCCUCUCUGCAAGUAAUUUUACUGGGAAUUCAAGUGAUGCCGGAAACCACUUCAUCACUCCUUUACUUCUCGUCUCCUUCGAUGGCUUCAGAGCAGAUUAUUUAAAACAGUAUAAGUUCCCAAACCUGCAGAAGUUUUUUUCUGACGGUGUUCUUGUGGAACAAAUUAAAAACGUCUUUAUAACAAAGACGUUCCCAAACCAUUACAGUAUUGUCACUGGUCUUUAUGCUGAAAGCCAUGGGAUCUUGGCUAAUAGCAUGUAUGACCCCACUGUAAAUAAAACGUUCUCUCUUCAAAGUUCCUUCGAUCCAUUUUGGUGGAAUGAUGCCACUCCUAUCUGGGUUUCUCUUCAGCAGAAAGGAUUCAAGACAGCCGCUGCCAUGUGGCCUGGCACAGAUGUGAAAAUUCAUAACAUGACCUCUACGUACCACAUGCAUUACAACAAACUGAUGACUUUCCAGCAGAGAGUGGACAAUGUUACCAAGUUACUGAGCGAUGGCACGGUGAAAUUUGCAGCUCUUUAUUAUGAAGAGCCAGACCAUUUUGGUCACAUCUAUGGGCCAGACAAUACAACUGAGAUGACCAAGGUUUUAAAGCAAGUGGAUGAUAACAUUGGCUACCUCAUCGAGAAGCUCAAUGAGACCAACCUGUGGAAUACCAUCAACACUAUCAUCACUAGUGAUCAUGGAAUGACGCAGUGCUCCCAGCAAAGAAUUAUACAGCUAGACAAAUGCAUUAAUAACAGUUCUUACACCCUGGUAGACUCUGGUCCUGUAGCUGCCAUCUUACCAUUAAAUAUUUCACUGGUGUACAGCAAGCUGAAGAACUGUCAUCCAAACAUGAAGGCGUAUCUGAAAAAUGACCUGCCAGACAGGCUGCAUUACAAAGCCAGUCCGAGAGUCCAACCAAUCAUAUUGAUUGCUGAUGAGGGGUGGCUUAUUGUUCAGUCAGGAGGAAUCGAUCACUUGGGUGAUCAUGGCUAUGAUAAUGACUUACCCAGCAUGCAUCCCUUCCUGGCUGCCCAUGGCCCAGCAUUCCGGAAAGGCUACAAGCACAGCACGAUGAACAUUGUAGACAUCUACCCUCUGAUGUGCCAUCUGCUAGAAAUGCAAGAGAUGCCUAACAAUGGCUCCUUCUCUCAUGCCAAGUGUUUACUGUCUAGCCAGUGGUGUGUAAGCCUCCCAGAGGUGCUCGGAAUAGUCAUUGGGGUUUUGAUGCUUUUGACAGCUCUGACGUGUCUCAUCAUUCUAACAAAGAAGAGGGCUGCACCUUCACAGAGGCCAUUUGCACGCCUGGAGCUGCAAGAAGAUGACGAUGACGAUCCACUUCUUGACUAGACUCAGUUCAUUGUUGUUGUUUUUCUUUGCCGUGAGGGUGCUUUAUAAACGCAAGAGUCCUUGGUCAAGUGAUUGCCUUGCCAUGCUCUACUAAGUGGGCCCAGUUAAAAUCAGAUCAAGUUCCUUCCAAAUUUGCUUUACAGAUACCCUUGCAGGAAGAUGUGAACAUCAUGUCCUCUCAUUUCGGAUGAAUGUGCGUUUUUAUUUGUUUUUAUAAUGAGCAUCCCUAGUUGUCAGUUUGUCACCGACUUUAUCUUGAGAUUUGUUAUAAUCAAACUCGCAAAAUAUCGAAUGGGCCACAGUGAAGUGUCAAAUGAUUGAAAGAAGGAAAAGACACAAUUCCGUACAUACUUGCCACGUAUGUGUGUAUAUAUAAUUUAUCCUGUUACAGCCUACAUUUCUGGAACUGUAUGUGUUGCCUGCAGAAUGGACUCUGGCUGCCUCUCACUAUAUGGAAUGAGUGGCUGGGAAGGGUGACGUCUUGAGGUAUUAGCACUCCACUAUUGGCCCUGUUUGCACUUUUGUCCUCAGGAAUAUUUUUAAAAUAAGAUUAUACUACUGAGUUGCGCAGCACAAUCGGUCACCUGGCACUCUGAGUUUGCACUCGAUGAAUUCACUCGAUGAAUUUCCACAUGUUGUGCUCUGUACUAACACAAUAUUUUUUUGCUCAAUUUAUAUCUCAAACAAUGCCAAUGGGAGGCCUUUUUAAUUGUUCUGUAUAAGCAAAAGUCACUUUGUACUAACCUUGUCUGGGUCACCAUCUGAGAAGAAACAACUUCUGUUAUUUGUGUGUCCGUCUGUGUGGCACAAGUAACGUAGUCACACUUAUUUACUCUUCAUGCUUAAUGGUCCAUUUUGUCGGCAGGUUUUCUUCUUUUGCUCUGCAGGUAUGUAUGCUUGAAAGUAUCUGAAGUUACACGUUACACAGUUGGCAUUCUGGGAGUUUUACAUCAAAGCGUCAAACACAGUUUAAAGUUCUGCUUGACUGAGAUUGGAAUAAAAUAAAUAAUGACGUCAGUCUGUA